AGCGAGGGCAGGGCCGGCUGGGGCGGGGCGGGCCAGGCCUCCCGCCGAGCGAGGGGUCGGAGCGCGGGAGGUGCCGCCGUUCCCUCGGGCCGGGCCGCCCGGUGCCGGGUGAGCGGAGCUUUGUGGUGUUUCGCUGCAGGGAAGAUGGCCUCGCGGCGGAUCACGCGGGAGACAUUCGAUGCGGCGGUGCAGGACAAAGUGAAGCGGUACCGCGCGGAGCGGGGCGGGGCGGCGCGAGAGGCGAUGCGGCGCUUCAAAGCUCAUUCAAGGCCAGUCCCGAGACCGAGGUAUGAAGACAGCUUUCAUGAUGAUGGGAGAUACGACGAUGCCCAGCACCAUUCACACGAUGACUGGACUGAGAACCCUAGAGAUGAGUAUCCAGGACCUUCUUACAGACCUGCGAGCCCUCUCAUAAGGAAAGCUAACUACUACCAUGAACAGUUUGGCCACCCGGCGUCUCGUGACCGGGAAUACGGGCACCCAGCUGCACGGGACCGGGAGUACGGGCGGCCAGCUUCUCAUGGCCGGGAAUAUGGGCACCCCCUGCCUCGGGACCGGGAGUACGGGGGCCUGGCUUCUCACGAUCAGGACUAUGGACAUCCUGACUCUUGGGAAGCUACCGGACCACACGAAACUGACUUUAGUUCUACAGAUAUUUUAGGUGAUUUUAGAUCACCUGGACUCAUGGAAGAUGAAUAUGGCAACAUGGAAAGUCAGGAGUAUGAUGUAGACUUCGGAAUUCAAUCCGACAGUGAGUUCCGACCCCCGAUACGGAGGGGCAGCAUUGGCAGGGGAAGAGCCCUGCGAGGGAGGCGAAUUACAAGGGGCACUAUUAAAGCUAAGCUAUUCAAAGGAGACAUCAAAACCCCUCUAAAGAAAUGGAACACUAAAAAACUGCAGCCAGGCCCUGAUCAGAAGCCACCUGUGCAACCUGAUCAAAUGGCAGAAACUGCUGACCGAUCCAACCAGAGGCCGGUGGCCAUCCAGCACCCCAGUCAGAAGCUGCCUCCACAGCCUAAUCAAAGGCCAGCUAUGGCAGCCCCGAGGCCUAUUCUCAGGCUCCCGAAGCCUGCACACGUUUUUAGAAAUCUCAAUUUUGAGCUCGUGGACAAGUCUGACAUUUUCUCGACGUUUGGGGUACAAAUCAUAAAAUGGGCUGGAUUUCACACAAUAAAAAACGAUGCGGAAUUUUCUCGACUCUUUGGAGCUCUCUUUGAGCUGGAGACAGAAACGUGUGCAAAGAUGCUUGCUUCGUUCAAAUGCUCCUUAAAGCCAGAACACAGAGAUUAUUGUUUCUUUACUAUCAAGAGUUUACAACAUGCUGCUUUGAAAACUCCCAAGGUGGACAAUGAGUUUUUAAAUAUGCUGUUGGACAAGGGUGCUGUGAAAACAAAGAACUGCUUCUUUGAAAUAAUAAAACCCUUUGAUAAAUAUAUAAUGAGGCUACAAGACCGCCUGCUAAAGGGUGUCACGCCUCUGCUUAUGGCCUGCAAUGCUUAUGAAUUAAGCAUUAAGACAAACGGUUUUGGUAACCCCAGAGAAAUGGCGAGUGCUUUUGAGACCACUGUUUCUCUUUGUCGUAAGUCUUUAGCACUUCUGGGUCAGACCUUUGCAUUAGCAUCUGUUUUCAGGCAAGAGAAAAUACUGGAAGCUGUAGGGCUACAGGAAAUGGCUCCAGCACCAACCCUGUUCCCAAACUUUGAUGAUUCAACACUGUUUGGCAGAGAAUACAUUGAGAACUUAAAGGCUUGGUUGGAGAAAAGUGGAUAUCCAAUUCAGAUGAAAAAAGCUGAAGCAGAGUCCACGGUGCAGCUUAAAAAACCCUCUCCUGACACAAAAGUUAAAAUCCCACAGCGAGCUGAUCGGGAAAUGGUAGAAACCAUCGAACAGCUCGUGAAUAGCAUUGUUUCAGGAACCUUGUCUGCCAAAGAGAGAAAUGCUCAAAAGAACUGUCCUGAAUAUUGGUUCUUGUCUGAUGAAGACAGUCUAGAAUACAAAUAUUACAGACUGAAGUUGUCAGAGGUGCAAAGAAAGACAUCGUCAGGAAAGGAGGCAGGUGGGGAGGGCAGAGCGCUGGAAGAAUCUGCCACAGAAUCAGUCAGGGCCAUGUUGUAUGCCAGGAAGGUCGCAAGCAUUAAGAGAAGGCUGUUCAAAAGGAAAAGGACUGGAGUUACUGCACAGCGUGGAAUUCGAGGAAGGAAGGUGAGGAGAACGACCACAGGGACACAGACUUUGCUUUCAGCUGGUACAGUGCUGAAACAGCAAGACAAGCAUCUUCAAGGGUCAGUCCAGUCAGAGCCUUCUGUAUCAGAAACCACCACGUGUGAGAAGAAUUCUUCUCUUGGUCCCUCAUCCUCCCAGUGUGGCACCAGCUCAGAGGUCCCUCUGCCAUCAGAAGGAAGGGUGGAUUCAGAGGAUUUACUGGCACCGCCUGAACUUUUCUCAUCAUUGCCCUGUCAGUUUCCUGAUGUGGAUGCUAAAACGAUGGAGACAGCUGAGAAGCUUGCCAAGUUUGUUGCUCAGGUAGGACCAGAAAUUGAGCAGUUCAGCAUAGACAACAGUGCGGAUAACCCGGACCUUUGGUUUCUACAGGAUCGAAACAGUUCUGCUUUCAAGUUCUACCGCAUGAAGGUCUAUGAGUUAUGUCCCUCUAUUAACUUCAGUGACGUGAAAGAAGCAAAUGAUGCUGGGGAAGAUGCUAAACCUGAAGAGAGAAAUGUGGACAUUUCAGAGGAGGAGGAAGAGGAAGAAGAAGAAGAGGAGGACAAUGAGGAGGAAGCCGAGUUUGAGGAGGAUAUUUCCCGACCUUUGGAAGAAAUGGAGCAAGCUGAGGAGGGAGAAGAUGAUGAUUUCUCAGCAGGUAGAAGUGUGGAAAACCUUGCUGAAGAGAUGAUUUCCAAAACAGGAGAGGAAAUUUCAACAGGUGAAACACAGCUUGCUGCAUCAUCUGAUGGUGCUGUACCAAAUCUGUCAACACAGGCAUCAGCUCCUGCCACUGGAACCCUGUUUCCCCGCAAGAGAAUCAGCAGCAAGUCUCUGAAAGUUGGUAUGAUUCCUGCGUCUAAAAGGAUAUGCCUCAUAGAAGAACCAAAAGUUCAUGAACCUGUCAGAAUUGCUUAUGAUAGACCUCGUGGCUGCCCUGUUACAAAGAAGAAGAAGAAACCAAAAGAUUUAGAAUUUUCACACAAGAAACUGACAAACAGAAAUGUAGGUUUCCAGAUGCUUCAGAAGAUGGGCUGGCAAGAAGGACAUGGCCUGGGUACACGAGGAAAAGGAAUCAGAGAGCCUGUGAAAGUGGGUGCUACCUCUGCAGGGGAGGGCUUGGGUGUUGCAGGGGAAGAAAAUAAAGAAGAUGCAUUUGAUGUUUUCCGUCAAAGAAUGAUACAAAUGUACAGGCAGAAAAGAGCAAGUAAAUAGGUGUGGCAUAAGAGACUUGCUCGUUAGAAAGAGCACGGAUAUGCAAAGGCUGCUGCGUGAAAGUCUUCGGCAGAGUGCCAGUGUGAAGAACGCUUUGUUCUCUAGUAGUGGACUGGAACGCUUAUGAAUUAUGAUUUUCCAAGAUUAAAGUUAGUCUUGUAUUUAAUUGUGCAAGCUAACAACUUGGAUAUCAUCUCCUGAGGGAGAAACAACUGUUUUUGUUCUUGGAAGUGCCAGUUUUCCUCUGUCUUAGGCCAUGUUUGCCUGUUUUGAAGUGAGGCAGCUUACUACCAACGCAAAAAGCAACGUUACCAUUGCGACUAGCCUGCUUUGGCUCUGUUCCUUUUGGAAGCUGAGAACCUUCUCAAACUAAAACCUCAUUACCAGGCAGUUCAGUUUAUGCUUUGCUGCAUGUUGUUGAUGGGCUCAUCCUCUCAUCUGCUUUUCAAGUCUGCCUAAAGCAGUUUCCUUUCCUCCACACGCCAGUUUCAAGAAGAAUCUGAACCUACCUGCUUAUUUUAUAUAGGAUUCUAUAGUUGAAGUGUAGGAUGAAUAAGUAAGUUCAUUUGGGUCUGAGAGUGCUGAAAUCUUCCUUGGAAACAUUGGCUGCUAAGGUUUUCCAUUGUAGCAAACAAGCAGCACAUAUUUUAUAUGUACUUUUUGAUUUUACACAAGUUUGCAGCUCUUGUCCAACCAAUUCUUGAAUAAUAGCUUUCCUACUCAAGGAAGUUUAAGCCAUGACCAGGUGUGAUUUGUGUGUUUGCAGAAAAUACUGGAGAAGAUACUUGGAAAUCAAAUAAUCAAAAGUCAUCUGGAAGUGGACCAUCAGUUUUGUAAGACCAUCAGUUUAGAGAGUAAUUUCUGUUUCUAUUAAAUAUUGGCUUUGCAGAAGUUUUCAUUGAAAAACCCCAUGCAAUAAGACAAAAAGCUUGUAAUGCUGAGGGACUAUUUCAGAUGAGAGAGAAGACUGGAUUAACCUACUCUGCUUCAACAAAAAGCAGUUCCUAACUUCUUGGUGAAGCAGCUCUGAAGACAUGACAGAUUUAGCAGUGUUACCACAAAUAAACAUUCAAAGUCUGAUCAUUCAUCUUUUUCAGACAAGCGCAUCAACAAGAGCUCUGUGACUGCAUUACUGAAAGUGGCAGGAUGUCAUGCACUUUUUUAACAUGCUUCUCCAUCUUUACCUUCCUAAAAUUAGUUAAAAGUCUUCACUUGAAUAUUACAGUACCAAAACCUACUUCACUGAAGUUCUCUUUAAAGAUUUCAUCUUGAGCUGACGCAUGUUUUGCUUAUUAGGAGCGAGUGCUGUCUUGCUGAUGUUCCCAUCCUGCAUCAUGCUUCCUUACAGAGCAAAGAGCUUGUGCACUCCACCGUAGUGUAGCAGCACCUCAAGCUCCUAACUGACAAAUACACAAGGAAAUGUGCUCUUCAGUUACAAACGUGCCUGUGUCUGCUGUUUAAAGAACAUUAUAUACUCUCCAUUACAAACCCUGCUGGUUGAAAGGGAGUUUAUUUGUUUUCGUUCUGUAGCAACAAACUUUUUCUGGCCUGUAACAACCAUCAUGAAUGCAAGCCUUUUUUCUUUAUGGUUUGGGUUUGUGAAACUAAAAGAAACAGCGUCAUGUUUUGGUGUAAUUUUCUGAUCACUGUUUUAGUUGCUUUGAAGCACGCUGAUCACUACAUAAAGCCCUAAUGGCAGGUGCAGAAAAAUACCACGCUGCUAGUUCUGUUUGUCCAUGGACAUCACAUGUCUUCACCUUUACGUUAACAAGGAGCUGAAGCAUGAAGACCAUAAAUACACAUAAGUUUAUCUGGUUAUCACAUUUGAUUAAAGACAUUUGAUGGUCUGGAGAUUUCUGUAGGCUUUACUUUACUUGGAGAUGCUUUAAAUCCAUAAAUGUUUUGUACCUACUUUAAAGGCCAUCAGUUAUGGUGUUUGGUGGUGCCUGUUAAGUUCCCAGCUGGGUGUAUUCUUCACUGCCUCUCUUCUGUGCCUGGUUAGCAGUUAUGUAAUCUGAAACGUGAGCCUAUGGCUAACUAUCAGUCACUGUGUUGUACAGUGACAGUCUGGAACUGAUGUUGGCUUCUGAGUUGUUUCUCAAAAGGGAUUAGUUUUUCCUUUAGUUCCAUUGAUGAAGCUGCCAGUUUUUCUGUUCACAGCUUUUUUAUUUCCUUGCAAACUUCCAGUUAACCUCCUCUUUAACAUUUACGUUCUGGUAGCGUUCUUAUUAUGUGUUGCACUACUUGCAGAAAGGCACAAGGCAGUGUCGUUUCACGCUGGAUUGAAAUCCAGCCUCUCAGCCUAGAUCAGCAUUCUGCGCUGCUCUGACUUAACCUGGGUUUGGCCGCAGUCCCAUUUGGGUGCCUUUGCUAAACGCCUGCUUGCCCAAUCUGGGAAAACUCUUGGUAUCCAGAUUGGAAAAGGGUACCUUCCUUCCUGAUUGCAGUUCAAUUUAGAGUGCAAUGCUGUCUUGAAACUAAAAGUGAACAUUGGGAAAAUCUUAACCUGCUACUCUGGAUGGCUGUAGUUACAGCAUGGUCUGUCUUUCUUGUGCCAAACUUUAAUUUUGGACAAGACAUCAACAGAGCAGUAUUGGUGCUGAGAUUCCAGUGUUGCUCUCACGUGAGUUACUAUUUGCCACUUUUAUCUUGUGUUACCAAGAGAUGACCUUAUGCUCCUUUUGCAAAAGGAAUUUCCUUUUAUUUUGACCUGCUUUUGCAGGCAGCUCUGAUUUGAAAAUUUAAAUAUGUACAUAUGCAACAUUUGUUAUGCAGAUACGUUGCCUUGUUGAAAGUUUACUAGCUUCUUUUCUGUUAUUUUAGUUCCAGGCUCUCUUCCAUGAAGACUGCAAGCUUCAGUGAACAUUUUAACUAACUUCAGUGGUGUGUCUACUGUCUUUUGGUUGGGUUUUUUCUGUUGUUUUUUUUCUUUUUGUUUUUUUUUUUUUUUUGUUUUUUGCUUGUUUGUUUUGCCAUUAAUCUUGCAGAGCAAUUUGCUAGUUUCUGUUCCAUGCAAAUUGGCAGUAGCAUUUAGCUAGUAACAUUAGAUGCUUAUGUUAUUGGGUAACUGCCGUUUCCUUUCAGUGUAAGUAAAACUGUUAGCAUUGUUAAUCUUUUACUAUCUGCAAUAAAUAUAGAACUAAACACUA